AUGCUUCCCACCACUCGAACGGGAUCGGAGCUUGCCACAUUCGCUGCUUGUAGUACUCGACAUGCUGCUCUGGACAGGGCCAACUCGUCGCAAAAAGGGGUAGCUGCGAAUCCAUCUGGAGCUUCUCGUUGGACGGGGAUCGGCACGCCGGGCAUCUUUGUUGGUGAUUUAUCUUUGAUAUUUUGUAUUUGUAAAAUCAGGUUUACUUCGGAACAGAUUGAACAGCUAGAUAAAAGCAAGUUGUGGUCGAGAGCUCUUAAUUGUUCUUUUUACCUCCCUGGAUUGGUAGGACUUAAUAAGUUGAAGGAAGCUGAUUUUGCCAACGUUGUGAUUCAAGCACUUGUACGUGUUACACCUUUGAGAAACUUUUUUCUAGUCCCAGAGAACUACAAACGUUGUAAAUCUUCCCUAGUUCACCGUUUCGGAGAGCUCAUUCGAAAAAUUUGGCAUCCAAAAAAUUUUAAAAGACAGGUGAACCCCCAUGAAUUUUUACAAGCUGUGAUAAAAGAUAGUGAUAAUCGAUUUCAAAUGGAUGUACAAUCUGACCCAGUUGAGUUUAUGUCUUGGCUCCUUGAUACUCUACAUUUGCAUCUCACAAGUUCAAACAACAAUACAAGCAUCAUUACCCAAUGCUUUCAAGGAGAAUUGGAAGUUGUCAAGGAGAUCCAAAGUAAAGGUAUAAGAGAAUAUGGUGUUGCAGCUGCUGAUGAUGGUGCAUCUGAAAUAGAGACAUUCACAGUGCCAUUUAUAAUGCUUGACUUAGAUUUGCCACCUCCGCCACUCUUUAAAGAUGCCUUGGCGAAAAAUAUAAUCCCUCAGGUUCCACUUUUCAAUAUAUUGAAGAAGUUUGAUAGAGAGACCAUAACAGAAGUUGUGCAUCCUCAAUUAGCUAAGAUGCAGUAUCGUGUCACAAAACUACCACCUUACGUUAUUAUGCACAUACGACGAUUUACCAAAAGCAACAACUUUGUUGAAAAGAAUCCUACCAUUGUUAAUUUUCCAGUGAAAAACCUUGAGAUGAAGGAUUACAUUGCUCUGAAAGAUGCCGAGAAAUUGAGGUCAAAAUAUGAUUUAAUGGCUAAUAUUGUCCAUCAAGGCACGCCUAUCCAAGGAUCGUAUAAAGUCUGCGUUCAAAGAAAGUCGGAGGAUCAAUGGUAUGAGGUCCAAGAUUUGCAUGUUUCAGAAACAAAAGCUGAGAUGGUUGCCCUUUCAGAAGCAUACGUGCUCAUGUAUGAGCUGCAAUCGAAUCUUUGAAACCCACAUGGAAAAUUCCCUGUUUCUCAUGGUGAGAAACGAAAUUUGUUUCUCAUGGGAGCAAUUUUUGUGAAUAUACCAACAACUUUUUCAUUAUUAUGGGCUCCACAGUUGAAUAAAGUUGUGGGUAUAUUUACGAAAAUACCAUGUGAAAAACAAAUUUUGUUUCUCACCAUGAGAAAGUGGGGCAUUCUCCAGAACACUGAUCACCUUAGGCUUAGUGACUUUAUCUUUUCAGUUUUUUAAAUUCCUUGUAUGAUAUU